AUGGCAACGCUAUCGCCGCACAAACAGCGAUACACACCGCAACAAGCGCCGAAUAAAACGCAUCCACCAUUUAUUCUGGGGCGUGCACCUUGGUGGGUGCCGGCAGUCCCAGUUGCUCGACGCAACGAUGGCAAGCGGAAAAUCUCAUUUGCCGAGGCAUUGAAGGACUUUCUGCGGAAUGUGUCAUUUCAUUGUUAUGGAAAAUUAGUGGAGCCUCAUCGGCGUUUCCACGAACGUUUCUUUUGGAUUAUAUUCCAUAUCACAAUGAUGAGCGUAAUGAUUGUCUUUCUAUGGAGAACGCCCAUCUUCGAGGGGCAAGUUUUAAGCACAACCAUGUUUGAUCCAUUGUACCCCAUAAAUAAGGUGCCCUUUCCAACAAUAUCGAUAUGUACGUUGAAUCGCAUGUCGAACGCCUCCGUUACCAGAUAUGCGGAGAAACUCCAGCAAAAAGAUCCAUACACACGAGGAGUUAAUUAUUUUUACCAUGAAAUAAGAAAAUUGAGCUUUCCAUAUUCGAAGACAACCGAAAAAGAUGAGAAUUAUGAGGAUUUUUUAGAAUUUCAAAACUUUUUGGAUAUUUACGAUACCACGGAUAGUGAAGUAUUUUUUAAUACCAGGGAUCGCAUGAAGCAGUUAACACCAAGUUGCAAGGAUGUAUUGGUACGGUGCCGUUUGGCCGGAGAGGACUUUGAUUGUCUGAAUAAAUUUACAGAAACUUUAACAGCGAAUGGAUUUUGUUGCACCUUUAAUGACGAUGGCUUCUAUUCGAAGCCGCGGCCUCACAGUUUAAGUUUUAACGAAGAGCUAAAUGGCCUUGUAUUAUUACUAAACUCUUCAAAUAAUGAUGAAUAUUUUAAAGCAUCGCUAUCAGCUAGCUUCGCAUUUUAUAUACAUUCCCAUGGGCACUACGCAGACAUCACAAGUGGUUCGGUAAAGGAACGCUACGUGGAAAGUGGCAAGGAUACAUACAUGACAAUUAAGCCGGGUAUCAUUGAAACUGUAAACGAGGCUCGCAUAUUGCCGCCGUCAGUGCGCCAAUGCUACUUUAACGACGAGAAAGCUCCAAUAUUUGGUAAAUUAUACAGUUACAAUAGCUGUAUAACACGUUGUCGUAUGUACAGCAUAUUGGUGUUAUGUAAUUGUUUGCUUUUCAUGCAUCCCAAUGGGUUGUUGGAUGUGUCAACCGAGUAUGUCUAUUGUACGCUGAGGCACAAAGCCUGCUUGGACCGUUACUAUUUCAAAUGGUCUAAUGUUAUUACUGAACGCGAAAAUAUUCCUGGACUCGAACGUGAAAUGGAGGAUUCUCUUUAUUGUCCGCAAUGCUUGCCGAUGUGCUCUUCGGAGCGCUACGUCGUUCAUGCCAACGCACUGCCUUUGACUUCUUAUAAUAUGCUUACUUUUGCAGAUAUACCCGCGGAAAAUCUAUCGAACUUUGCUUUGACCCAUAUUUAUUUCGGCGUCUCGCAUAUUCCGAUUUUUAGACGUGUACUAAAGGACACUUGGUUUGAAGUACUGAGUUUUAUUGGCAACAUUGUGAGCAUUAUAACGGGCUUCUCAUUGGUUGGUAUUUGUGAGGUGCUAUACUUUAUCUGUCGUCAAUUGUUUUUGGCUUUUAAAAGUGAAAUGGCUUCUGAACGCAAAACUAAAAAGCAGAAAGCAAAGAGAGAUUUAAUUAUUUUGCCGUGA